AUGUCCAAGAAUCCGACCAAAGCUUCACCAAACCCAUCUCCCACAUGGAAGUCUUAUUGGAGGCUGACAAGGAUUCACCUCUGGCCUGCCGGUACCAUCCUCUUCUUUUGGCCAUGCAUGUGGGCAUUAACAAUGUGUGGGUACGCGCUUGGGCUUCCACCGAGACAGCUUGCCAUCCAGGCAUUCGCCUACCUUGUCGGUUGCACCAUCCGGCAUAAUGCCGCAUGUAUCUGGAACGAUAUUUGUGACAGGGAAUUUGAUCGUCAAGUUGAACGUACGAAGUCUCGACCUAUAGCUUCUGGCUCAAUCACUGUUCCCGCGGCGCUGCUUUUUCUCGCCGUACAUUGCUUCGUUCUCAUUGCGGUGCUCGCAUUGGCGGGGCAAGAAGCAUCCAAAGUGGGACUCUUCGGUCUGCUGACAUUUGAGAUGGUCUACCCUCUGUCAAAACGUUUCACCAACUGGCCACAGGCAUGGUUAGGCGAGGUUCGAUUGUGCUUGGGGAUUUCCAGUCGUGUGGAUUUCGAACUGGGGGUUGUCUGUUGGACCAUUCACUUUGACACCAUUUAUGCAUGCCAAGACAAAGAGGACGACGUUCAAGCUGGAGUCCACUCUUGUGCCCUUCUGUUCGGAAAUUAUAUUCGGCCCAUCUUGGCCCUCUUUGCGGCUGCCUUCGUAGGCUGCCUCGCGUACGCAGGACAUCUGAACGGCCAGAGUCCGCUAUACUUCGUGAUCACCGUUUUGGGCACCGCCCUUCACCUGAUCUGGCAGCUUAGCCAUGCUGAUCUGGAGAAGAACGGUGGGAAGAUUUGGAAAUCCAAUGGCGGUCUUGGCUAUCUGAUUUGGGGAGGCAUGAUAUCUGAUUACACGUACAAGUUGAUGGUAUAA